AUGUUACAACCGAAACGCGUACAUCGCAUUCGCCGGAGUUUGUGCCGUUUCACCCAGAAGGCCACACUUUACGUAUCCUGGGUGCUCGGACUAUUUCCAUUCACCUUUGACCCCAGGAAAAGGCAACUGCAUCGAUCCAAGUGGCUUUUGGCAUAUGGCUUGAUUUUGAACACAAGUCUAUUGGCGCUGUCCUUGCUGCCGUACACAGAUGAUCACAAUUCGGUGAAGAUGGAAAUUUACGAGCGCAAUCCAUUGGUUAAGCAGGUGGAACAACUUGUGGAAGGCAUAAUUAUUACCACCGUGGUGACCCAUCUACGAACAUUCUGGAGGAGCAAGGAGUUGGUUGCCAUACUCAAUGAGUUUCUGAUGAUGGAAAAAUGUCAUUUUAGCGAGCUAAUCCUGGAAGAUUGCCCACAAUUUGAUAGUUAUGUUGUCCACAAGGCUCUAGUGGUAGUCCUAGAAGUCGGCUCCUCUUUGGUGCUGUAUUUUGGAAUGCCGGAUAGCAAGGCCGUUGUCCAAGAGGCUCUUUGCAUCUACAUUGUUCAGCUGGAAAUUCUCCUGGUGGUGAUGCACUUUCACCUGGCAGUGAUUUAUAUAUAUCGCUGCUUGUGGAUAAUCAAUGGGCAGCUUUUGGAGAUGAUCAGUCGACUGAGGAGAGGUAAAGAUGUAGAUCCUGGCAAAAUUCAGUUGCUAUUAGGACUGUAUGGACGCAUUCUGGACCUCAAUAAUCGCCUAGCCUCCAUUUACGACAUUCAGAUUACGCUUUUCAUGGCCACCUUGUUCUCGGCCAACAUUAUUGUGGGCCACGUCCUCGUCAUCUUUUGGGCCAACAUUAAUUGGUUUUCUCUGACAGCCACGAUUUUGCUUAUUCCACAAGCUUUGAUCAUCAACUUUUGGGAUCUUUGGCAUGGAAUCGCCACUUGCAAUUUAGCUGAGUCUACGAGCAGAAAUACCUCAACUAUCUUGAAGCUAUUUAACGAUAUUGAAGGUAUGGACGAGGAUCUGGAACGAAAAAUAUCCGAUUUUUCCCUUUUCUGCAGCCAUUGCAGACUGAGAAUUCGUCAUUGUGGACUAUUCUAUAUUAACUACGAGAUGGGCUUCCAUAUGAUCAUCACAAACAUUUUAUAUGUGGUUUUUCUAGUACAAUUUGAUUAUAUGAAUUUAAAAUUCAAAUCAGACGAUCAUUAUCAAUCACCAAAUGAUGUUUAA